AUGACCUACACCAUGCAAGACCGAACCAGCACCGAUGCCUUCUCGUUCCCUUCCUUCGCUCAUGCAAAGGACGAUGCAAGGCGGGAGGUUUACCAAGUGCCCAUCCAGGCAGCUCUGGCUGAUCGCGCAAACAAGGAGCUCAAUGACCCAUGCCAGGUCCAGCUCUCCUCUCGCAAGCUCUUCUACUCCCGUAUCUUCGGGCUCAAGUGA